ACGAGAAAGGGCCUGAGAGAAAUGGCCGAGGAUCUGCAAGCUCAUCAUCCCCCAUAUUUUUCGAUUGGGAUCAGGAUAUUCUUCCGGUACCGCUCAAAGGACCAAUGGAGCUGAAGAAACGAAUAAAAAACAAGCUUUAAUUCCAGUUCACUUUGUAGCUGCCGGUUGUUUUGGAUUAGGGUUUUUCUUCUCUGGGAUCUUCACCGGCGACGACGAAUGGUCUGUUCUAAGUUCACAACGGGGGAGAGCGUCCCAUGUGAUUUCUGUAACGAGCAGGUCGCGAUUCUGUACUGUAGAGCUGAUUCUGCGAAGCUCUGUUUGUUCUGCGACAACCAUGUUCACUCCGCUAAUUUGCUCUCUCGGAAGCACGUUCGGUCUCAGAUCUGUGAUAACUGUAGGUGUGAGCCGGUUUCUAUUCGGUGUUCGACGGAUAAUCUCGUGCUCUGUCAGGAGUGCGAUUGGGAUGCCCAUGGGAGUUGUUCCGUCUCCGCAGCUCACGAUCGAACUCCGAUUGAAGGGUUCUCUGGCUGCCCUUCGGUGCUCGAGCUUGUUUCGUUAUUGGGCUUCGAUCUUGGUGAUAAGAAGCUGGAGGAAUCCGAGAUGUUGGUGCAAAAUUGGGGGUCUUCACAGGAUUUGGUUAUGCAGAUUGAUUCUUGGGCUUGUAGGGCGAGUGCGACUGCUUUUAAUGACCUCAUUGUUCCGAAUGAGAACCCCUUUCUCUUCGCGAAUCUCAACUGUACGGAUGCUGCUUCCACGCUGAAGAAGCGGAGUCCGAGCUGUGGGAAGCACAAGCAAGUGAUUUACAAGCAGUUGGUUGAGCUACUUAAGAGGGAUUUUCAAGGCGGUGAUGAUGGUGGUAACACUGCCGAUGGUGAUGCAGGUGGGAAAGAUGAUGGAUUAGAGAAUCUUAUUCCUGAAACAACGAAUGGGGAUUGUUAUUGGCAAGGGGAUUUGGAAGCUCGUCGAAUUGAAAAAGGGGAUGAUGGGGUUUUUGCUGAUGUUACUGCUGCUCCUCAGCCAUCACUGCAGCAACAAACUUCUUUUACAUCUCUGCUAACGAUGCCGCCGCAUAUGGGCUUGAAAGAUAGCGAGCGCAUAGUUGAUGACACUAGUGGAUGGGAUAGUAACCCAAAUCGUCAAAGCAUUCAAAUUUGGGACUUUCAUUUAGGACAAUUACGGGGACACAAAGAUUCAAACUCAUUUGAUGACGCCUACGGCACCGGCAACAUGGGAUUUACAAUUAAAAAUUUUUGUGAUUUUUUGAAAGAAACAUCCCCAACAAGCACGAAGUUGAUAGGAGAAACCUAUCAGAUCAAUGGCUCUGGCAUGCAUGAUGACUUGCCAUCAUUGAAUGGUCAUGUCAAUAACUCAACGCUAAGCCAUCGCGCAGCGACAUGUGAGAGCAACAAUCUGCCUAAUGGUACUGCCUGCAGCAAGCUGAAAGGCAGUUCGAAAAAUGCGCAGCCAAUCGAACAACAACCUAUUAUCGUAAGAGAUGGUAUAUUGUCGACAUCGACAACCAAGGCUGACUUGGAGCUUCUUGCACAGAAUAGAGGCAACGCAAUGCAGCGUUACAAGGAGAAACGGAAAACUCGAAGGUACGAUAAAUACAUUCGUUACGAGUCAAGAAAGGCAAGAGCCGAUACGAGAAAGCGAGUCAAGGGCCGGUUUGUGAAGGCUAGCGGAGGCCAUGCUUGUUGAAGAUCAGCUCAACUCAGCUUCCAUGGUUGAAAGUAGGUGCGUGUGUAAAUAUUUCGCCAUUACCUUCCACUUAUAUUUGUACUAGGUGCAAACGCACGUGAUUUCAUCAGCUUUUCUUUUUUAGAAAUAGUUAAAGAACUAAUGUUAUGCAUUAUAUGAAUAAUGUCGGUAUCUUGGCGACUUUGAUAACA